AUGGAAGGCGUUGAGAACGACGCACCGGAUGUAGAGAUGGAGAGCAUGCAACCGAUACAGGACGCUAUACCGCCGCUGCUGAUGCCACAAGAACGGUCAGCUCCCACUGGAUUUGAGUUGGAACCGUACCGUGAACCACCGACUAUCUUCGAGGACGAUCAAGUGGUGUUCCAUACCCCUAGAGACCGUUUUAGAAGUUCCCGGGAACCAGUCUUCCUUCUUGAAGAGGGAACGGACGCAGAGGAAGAACGGAAGUCGGAAGGAAGAGAUGGACCGUCCUAUCCGAAGCGUGCCAGGAUCGAUGAAGACGGCCUUAUUGCUGAAGCCGUCCUCGCGUACGCAGCAAGCAUUGACACAGUGGAUCUUCCUACAACAUACGCUCAGGCAAUUGCCAGUGAAGAUUCAACACAGUGGCGUGAAGCCAUGGAUGCUGAACUGCUCUCUCAUAAACGGAACGAUACCUGGACAUUAGUUCCACGAGGAACGGCCAUCCGUACCAUUGGGUGCAGAUGGGUGUUCGCCAAGAAGCGUGACCAGAACGGUCGCGUGGUGCGCUUCAAAUCGCGGUUGGUGGCGAAGGGUUUCAAGCAGAAGUACGGAGUGGAUUUUUUGAAACGUACUCUCCUGUGGCGAACAUGA